GGAAGUAGCGUUCAGUGCAGAAUCAGUCUCAGAGGAUAAGCCCACAGGCAGCGGUUUCACCAGGAUUCCUCACUCGGCAUCACGCUCUACCUGUCCAACAGGUGAGGCCAGCUCACGCGCAGCAGAGGGAGAAGGCUCCAAAACCGAGCGGGGCGGCCACUCUAGGAGGGGGGGUACGGGAGCAUUCAUGGUCAUCUAUGGGUGAGUGUCUACGGAAAGCUUGCCCAUGUCUGGAAACACUAUGGCAGAGGAUUUUCAGCGACAAGAAGCCUCCUCCUGGUGCAGAAGGAGGAGGAGGAGGAGGAGGGAGUAGUGGAGGGGGGGGCAGCAGUAUGGACGGUACCGGAGGGGUGAGGGGCAGCAGCAGUGACGGUACCGGAGGGUCGAGCCCACCGAGCCCGGCCCCGCUGGAGAAGGGGUCUGAGAGCGGCUCCAUGUUCCGGGCGCUGUGGUCGUUUGAGUCUCGGCACCCGGACGAGCUGUCCUUCCAGGAGGGGGAUCUGUUCAGCGUCAUCAGCCGCACGGGGGAGUGGUGGACCGCGCGCAGGAUCGACAAGAACGGGCGCGUGCUCGACACCGGGGUCGUGCCCAAAAACUACCUGGACCCGGCCGACUCUCUGCAAACGCAACCGUGGUUUUUCGGGACAAUGAACCGCAUUGAGGCUCAGAGCCACCUGAUGGGAACAGGAAAUGACUCGGGAGCUUUCCUCAUCCGGCACAGCGAGAAAGACCACGUGGGAUACGUUCUGUCAGUGAAGAUGAGCGUUCGGGUGAAGCAUUUCAAGGUGCACACAGCAAAUGAGGCUAAUUUCUACAUACAGCACAACCUCCAGGUCACCUCCCUGAUCGACUUGGUGGAGCACUACUGUGCCAACGACCUGAACAACACCGGCACGCUGGGAAACCCCUGCAAGAGGAAAAAGCCUCCUACCACAGAUCUGAGUCACUUUACGGUGGACGAGUGGGAGCUCCCGAAAGACGAGUUCACGCUGUUGGAGGAGCUGGGCAGCGGAUACUUCGCUGACGUCUACCGGGGGCGCUGGAAAAACCACAUCAAUGUCGCCAUCAAGAUCCUCAAAAGCGACUCUGAGUUGAACCACCGUGAGUUUCAGAGGGAAGUGCAGAUCCUGAAAAGUCUGCGCCAUCGUCACCUCAUCUCUCUGUUUGCCACCUGCACGGCCUCGGCUCCGUACUACAUCAUCACCGAGCUGAUGGAGAAAGGCAGCCUGCUCAACUUCCUCAGAGGUCCAGAGGGGCGUAAUCAAGACAUUGCGGCCCUCGUUGACAUGGGAGCCCAGGUGGCUGAUGGGAUGUCGUACCUGGAGCAAAAGAACAGCAUCCACAGAGAUUUAGCGGCUCGAAAUGUCCUGGUGGGGGAGGACUACAUCUGUAAGGUGGCCGACUUUGGACUGGCCAGAGUGAUCAAGGAGCCUUUCUACAUCACAGAAGAUAAAAAGAUUCCCUACAAGUGGAGCGCUCCUGAGGCCAUCAGCCACGGGAAGUUCUCCAACAAGUCGGACGUCUGGUCUUUCGGUGUCCUGCUUUAUGAGAUUAUCACAUGUGGAGGCACUCCUUACCCAGCCUUUAACAACCAGGAAGCCUACGAGCAGGUGUCAAACGGCUACAGGAUGCCGGCGCCGUCCAACUGCCCCAACUUGCUCUAUAAAAUCAUGCUGCAAUGUUGGAGCUUCGAGCCUGAUGACCGGCCGGACUUCAAGACCGUCAAAACCAAACUGGACAGCAGCUUCUAUGAGUUGGAGUGAUUCUUCAGGCUUUUGCAUGAAAGGACAUUGAUUGUGUGUGUGUGUGUGUGUGUGCAAUGUGUAAACCUACAAAGCCUGAUGUAUUUUUAUUCAGUCCACAAGGCCUGCAACUAUUAAUUAUUUCCAUCAUUGAAUAAUCUGAUGAUUUUUUGUUUUUUUUAAAAAGCUGAAACCUUUUGAAAAGAAGAAUUAGUCAUUUUAAAGCAAAAAUAAAAGAAAUCUCUUCAGCUUGUGAGCAUUUGAAGUGUUAUCUAGUUGUAUGUAACAAUAUAUUGUAAUAUCUUUAGGUUAUGGUCUACUUGUAAGAUAAAAAAUACAUUCAAUAUGUUCAUUUGAGCUCUAAAGGGACCCUAAACUCAGACUGUGUUGCCAACAGUUUCCCGUUUCUUCAACUAAUAUGUUGCGUCAUGACAACCUCAAAAGCAUUACAGAGAAAUACACCACAACCUCAAAAGCAUUAAAGAGAAAUACACCACAACCUCAAAAGCAGCAACCUUGUGCAAAAUAUUUUGUAAAGCAUUAAACAAACUCAUUUUGCAAGAUCAAAUGUCUCACUUGUUAAACUCUGUAGCUGUCUGCAAUAUAAACCUUUGACCAGCAAGGGGCAGCGCAGUCACAUCUGAAGAUUGUCUUGCCUUCUUUUCUAAUAAGUGAUGUUUUUAUUGCACAAAUGACUCCUAAUUGCUUUCCUACAGAACAAACCCAUCCAGUAUUUCAACAGUUUCUCUCAAAAACAACCAAAAUCUAAGCUACUAUAAACUGGAAUUUGGAUAAGAAGUCACAUUAAUCUACCUUUGCCAUCUUAAAGACAGUUCUUGCAUCAGUAACAAAUCAGCACUCCUUGAAACAAGCAAUGAGACCAAAGAGUCAUUAUUGUAUUCAAAAAGGUUGCUUAAAGUUGUGUGAUAUGAAUGUAUUUCUUCUUCCUUAAUCUUAGGAAGGCUUAUAGGGUCCCUGAACUAUCAAUAAUAAACUACUUUAUCAACUAUAUUUGAACAUAUUUUGAUUUACAGUAUUGUCCCAUUUUGUAACUAGUUCUUUUAAAUUGUCAAAGUGUUUUAUCAUCUAUGUUGCUGAUGAAACGCACUGCAACACCUUCACCUUAUUUUUAGAGUCAGACAUGUAACUGAUUCACUGCAGCAGCAGAAGGACUGUCUGACUUUGGACUCUUAUCAAACUCCCGCCUCACCCAAACAACUUCUGUGAACGUUUCUGCAGUGAAAUCUGAUGCCACCACAACGUGACUCACUGCAUAGGGUCCUCUGUAGAGGAUACCUUUUGUAUUGUACCUGUUUUUGUGCCAUUUAAUAUGCAAUGACGUUCUGAAUCUAUAACUAAUGUAAUAAUAAUGACUAUGUAUUGAAAA